CUAACUGUUCAAAGGGUCAUUAUAAACAGCUUAGUUUGGAUCACUGAGAUUCAGAGAUCCCUUGUCUCGCUGCAAAGGUAACAGUGAUGGGGAAAGCUGCAUUUACAGUUUCCUUCCUCUUUCUUUUGUCAGGCACAAGUUGUCAGACAAAUCCAAUGCAACUGUCAGUUACGAAUGGAGGUACCUGGGGAUUAUGGGGAGAUGUAGAACUAUGCCCUCCAGAUAGCAAAGCAUAUGGAUUCAGCCUGAAGGUUGAAGAGGCUCAGGGAGGAGGCGAUGACACAGCACUGAAUGCGAUCCAGUUACACUGCACAGGUGAAGAAGAUGGCAUUGAUUCAAGUACCGGAGAGUGGGGUGAUUGGACAGCUAUGAGAACCUGCUCCAGUAAUGGUGUACUGACAUCCUUCAGUUUACGUGUAGAACCUCCUCAGCAUGGUGGUGAUGACACAGCAGCCAAUAAUAUCAAGUUUCGUUGCUCUACAGGUGAAGUGAUUGAAGGAAAGGGAGCAAUCUGGGGUACUUAUGGAGAAUGGAGUAAAGAGUGUAGUCAUGGAAUCUGUGGUCUGCAAACAAGAGUAGAAGAUCAACAAGGAAUUUUGGAUGACACUGCCUUGAAUGAUGUACAAUUUCUCUGCUGUAAACGUUAGUCCAUAACUCUGGGUUGGCCAGGACUCAAAAAUGAUUCUUCUUUUGCUCUGUAGCAAUAUUCUGUUUCAUCUGCUAAUAAAUUAUACAGUAAAUGUAGUACUAAGUCAUUUGCACAAUAUUUCAUAUUUGUAAGACAUCUUUGAAAAGCCAUAUUAAUUAAUAAUGAUGUGGUCUAGAUUGUACAUUUUGUUUGGUGGUCUGUUUCAUAAUUAAUCAGAGAAUUGUAUAAUAUAUACCUUAGAAGAGCUGACUUUCCCCUGCCUACAUGUGCCAGAAUUUUCUUAGUGGCACUGAAAACAUUGCUGUAGAAAACAAGUGAUGUCAUGAAAGAGGUAACGAUCUGUAAAGGGGAGAACAGCCUUCUGAGGACUAGAACACAAUAGCCUCAUAUUAUCAACAUUCAUAUUAAAAAACAGAGAAUGAAUGAAUAAAACUGUAUCAGAUAAUAAAGUCCAUGGAACACA